ACGAAUGAGCAGCAUCGUACUUCAGCAGCGUUUUCUUCUUUCACGAUAGGAACAGUUUUUCUAGAUAACAAAGACUCUUUUAAAUUUAAAUUAACCAAAUUAUGAAAUGACAUAAACCUUAUGGUUUGUUUGUUUUUUUGCCACUAUGGGUGUACUUCAGUACAGUGUCUUCCGCGCGACUGUACUGUCAUUUGCUGUGCUCGUCUCGAUCCCUCAAGGGCACUCUGACUGUGCCAUGUGCCAAUACAAGAUAAUCCCCACAACAUCAGACAUCACAAUAUUUGUAGGAGACAGCUCCUCCUGCAGUGUCCAGAACACCAACAUUACAAGCACUCCGAAUAGCAUCACAGUGACUGGACUGCAGCCUGGAAACACAUAUUUCUUAAAGAUCAACUGCUCAGAUGUGUGCUGCGCAAACUUCUCCACCAGUCCAGCACAAGUAGAGAACAUUACUGUGCUGAAUUCCAGUAAUAGUAGUUUGACUGUGGGCUGGCCAGUCCCUCUUGGUCAUGUGGACUCAUAUAUUGUGAACGUAUCUGGUGCCGAGCUGAACACACCCCUCAACCUUACCACCUUCACCAACUCUUCAGUCAUCAGUAACCUCAUGGCAGGCCGUGUUUACAACCUCACUGUGACCACCAUCAGUGGAGUCCUGAAGAACAGCUCUAACAUAGUGCUGGUUGCCACUAAGCCUAACCCACCUGAAGCUGUCCGAGUGAGUGGUCAGACAAAUGUAUCUAUUUCUUUGCUGUGGUUGAAACCCUUAUCAAUGGAUGCAGUGUGCUAUGAAGUGUCAUAUAGAUCUAACCAGUCAGGAGUCAACUUAACUUUGAAUCAUACCAAUUCUUUAAACGCAACGCUUACAAAUUUAUUACCCGGCAGUCAGUACGACCUCACUGUGGUCAGCAUUGGAGUAAAAGAACUCAGGAGCUCAAAUGUAAAUCUCACUGCAUAUACAGCUCCUAAUGCAGUGCAAAAUCUGUCUAUUUCGGCUGUCGGCACCAUUUCAGUCAAUCUGAACUGGCUACCCCCAAUUGGGACCCUCAGCCUGUUCUCCUACAGUAUCAACAUCUCUCCACCUGAUCAGACUCUCAAUACCACAUCCAAUAAUUAUCAGAUUACUCAGUUGCAGCCUGGGACUCAAUAUAAUUGCAGCGUCAGAGCACUCAUAAUAACUGCCUACAUAUUUGGACCCUCACAGCUCAUACAGUGUAAUACCAAGCCACUGCCAGUGACAAAUUUAACAGCCUCUCCUGUUGGCACCACUCAGAUGAGCCUUUCCUGGUCUCGUCAGAGUGACUACAAAUCUUCAUAUCAGUAUAAUGUGAGUGUAAAUGGUGAACAAUGGAUACAGAGUAUCAAUGAGACCACAAAUGUUGUUAAUCUGAUCGCUGGGAACAACUACACUUUUACUGUGCAAACUGUAGCAAAUGGCAUGAGCUCUGAAUCUGUAGCCAUCUCUGCAUUUACAGGACUUGGUAAAGCAUCCAAUAUUUCUGCAGUUAGCACUACUCAGAGUAUGAGAGUGGAGUGGAGACCGCCUGAUGGCAUUGUGAGUCUCUACAACGUCAAAAUCCUGUUGAACGGAACUGUUUUAAAAAUGGAAAACCGAACGAAUGAGACAACCGUUGUGUUCUCAGACCUGCUACCUGGAACUCAGUACAAUGUCAUUGUGACAAGUAUCAGUGGACCAAUGAAGCAGGACAGCGAUAGUGUAUCCAAUGCCACCUUGCCUACUCCUCCUGGAGAGUUUGUGACCAUGCAAAGCACAAAUUCACUGAACAUCAGCUGGGCUCGACCACUUAACAUGAGCUCCGUAUCACACUAUUUCCAGUUGUCAUACAGCAACAGCACGCUGAACUGCAGUCAAAACUACAGCUCUCUGACGGGGCUCGAUGCAGGUGUCCAGUACAACAUCACUGUGAGGACUGUAGGUGCAAUGGGAUAUUUCAGCUCUCCUCAGUUUCUCACUGCAUAUACAAAUCCUACUGCCGUAACUGAUGUGAGAUUGAAUGAAUACACUGAGACCAGUAUAUCUUUGAGCUGGCUGCAGCUUGAUGUUCAGCAAUCUGGUUACUCCUACCGGCUCUCCUUCACACACCCUAAUGGCACAGCUGACCAGAAGACUGUAAAUAACAGGAGAGCACAGCUACUGUCACUGCAGUCGGCUAGUCAAUACAAUAUCAGCAUUAUCACACAGACAGCUGGCGGCACCAAGUCUUAUCCCCAAUUCAUAACUGCCCACACUAAGCCAUUUCCAGUUUCCUCUGUAACAUACAAUGUUGUGAAUGUUUCUGCUGUGAAGCUAAGCUGGUCCCGUCCUCAGGAGUAUCCCAAUGGCUUUUCCUACCAAGUAUUAGUGUCCAACUGCACAGAAAAUAGUAGGAACUUGUCGACAUUCUCUGAAAACAUCAUAGUGCCAGACUUGCUGCCUGGCACUCUGUGUCAGUUCAGUCUAUAUAGUUUGGCCUACGGCAUUCUGGGAGAACCAGUGAACAUCUCUGUCUUCACAAAGCCCUCUACAGUGGUUCCACAACUAGAUAAUCAAGGCUCUAACGAAUCACUCUUGGUGACUUGGGAUCGUCCUGUUGGUGGACUAGACAUGUACAUUCUGAACAUCACCAGUGAAGAAGGAUGGAACAGCUCUAAAGUUCUCAAUAGCACUGAACGCAAUUACACCUUCAGUCAACUAAAAGCAGCAACUAUCUUCACAGUCACACUCACAACUGUCAAAGCAGACUUCUGGGAAACAUCUCAUUCAGUAAACAUGGCAACUUAUCCAAACAGACCGGGAGAGAUUACGAUUUUGUUGACGAGCAACCAUUCAGUGUGGUUUCAGUGGGAUGAAGCUGAGAACAUGUCAGAUGGCAGCUUCAGCUACACCCUGACCUGUUGGUUGAGCUUUAACACCAGUCAAUAUCUCACUGCUAAUAACACUUUCCUUUUGGACGGCUUGCAUUCUGGAACAUCCUAUAAUGUUUCUGUGGCUACUGUAGGCCCGAUGGGUUUCCAGAGUGGAUCUAUCAGAGUUCAAGUAACCACCAAGCCCUCUACAGUGGUUCCACAACUAGAUAAUCAAGGCUCUAACGAAUCACUCUUGGUGACGUGGGAUCGUCCUGUUGGUGGACUAGACAUGUACAUUCUGAACAUCACCAGUGAAGAAGGAUGGAACAGCUCUAAAGUUCUCAAUAGCACUGAACGCAAUUACACCUUCAGUCAACUAAAAGCAGCAACUAUCUUCACAGUCACACUCACAACUGUCAAAGCAGACUUCUGGGAAACAUCUCAUUCAGUAAACAUGGCAACUUAUCCAAACAGACCGGGAGAGAUUACGAUUUUGUUGACGAGCAACCAUUCAGUGUGGUUUCAGUGGGAUGAAGCUGAGAACAUGUCAGAUGGCAGCUUCAGCUACACCCUGACCUGUUGGUUGAGCUUUAACACCAGUCAAUAUCUCACUGCUAAUAACACUUUCCUUUUGGACGGCUUGCAUUCUGGAACAUCCUAUAAUGUUUCUGUGGCUACUGUAGGCCCGAUGGGUUUCCAGAGUGGAUCUAUCAGAGUUCAAGUAACCACCAAGCCCUCUACAGUGGUUCCACAACUAGAUAAUCAAGGCUCUAACGAAUCACUCUUGGUGACGUGGGAUCGUCCUGUUGGUGGACUAGACAUGUACAUUCUGAACAUCACCAGUGAAGAAGGAUGGAACAGCUCUAAAGUUCUCAAUAGCACUGAACGCAAUUACACCUUCAGUCAACUAAAAGCAGCAACUAUCUUCACAGUCACACUCACAACUGUCAAAGCAGACUUCUGGGAAACAUCUCAUUCAGUAAACAUGGCAACUUAUCCAAACAGACCGGGAGAGAUUACGAUUUUGUUGACGAGCAACCAUUCAGUGUGGUUUCAGUGGGAUGAAGCUGAGAACAUGUCAGAUGGCAGCUUCAGCUACACCCUGACCUGUUGGUUGAGCUUUAACACCAGUCAAUAUCUCACUGCUAAUAACACUUUCCUUUUGGACGGCUUGCAUUCUGGAACAUCCUAUAAUGUUUCUGUGGCUACUGUAGGCCCGAUGGGUUUCCAGAGUGGAUCUAUCAGAGUUCAAGUAACCACCAAGCCUGAUCCUGUCCAAAACGUACAACUUGGUUCCACAUCAACAAAUACCAUCUCUGUUAUUUGGGCAAAAGUGGAAGGGGUCCCGAAAUAUUUAGUUAGAGUGUACAGUGAGAAGGUAGAGAACAAUUUAACCAGUACAAAUAACAGCAUGACCAUAUACAAUCUGAUGCCUUCAACACUCUAUAACAUCAGUGUGCAGAGCAGCACUUCUGACAACACAGAAGGAGAAGCUGUGUGGCUGCAAGCAUGCACAGAUGCAGCUCCAGUGGAGAAUGUGACCUGUACGGGUCCCAAUUUAACAUUACCUAUGUUAACCCUUUCAUGGAGCCCUCCUCUUGGUGAAAACCUGGACUUUGAAGUUAAGCUGAACUCCAACUCAGAAAAGACCAUCAGUCUAAACCACACCUUCAUUGGACUCAAGUUUAACACUCUGUACAAUGUCAUGCUCUGGACACUUGGUUGUGGGAAGAAAAGCGAGAUGAAAUCAAUUGUCUGUAUGACUGGAAUCACAAAGCCUGUUGUACCUCAAAUAACAUCAGUGAUUGUAUCUGAUCUACAAUACAACAAGUUUACCUUGAUUCUUCAGUCGGAUGUUUUCAAUGACUCAAACGGCCCUGUGCUGUAUUAUGGUGUGCUUGUCUACUCCGGCACUAUUGAUUGCUUGGACAAGAGUAACAAGCUUGAUCGAUGCCUGUUGAACACCUACAAUGACUGGAAAGCAAAGCUGUGCAGCACAUUCCUGGCUGUUGUCAAACAAAAAACAGGGUCUACAAGUGUACAGAUUGGAGAUGGAACUGAAUGGAAUGGUUACAAAAAUGGAGAACUAAAUGCCAAAGCCAGUUACAAUUUUGCUGUCAUUGCUUUCACUCGUCUGGAGAUAAACAACAGUUUAUUGGAUGUGUCUAAUUCAUACUACUCCAUAUCUAAGUUUUACCAAAGUCCCAUCACACUGCCUGAGAACCCAGUGGUAAUUGGAGCAGCUGCAGGAGUCGGUGUUGCUGCUCUUCUUGUUGUAAUCAUCAUUGGGGUUGUGGUUUGUAGACAGAAGCAAAGUAAAGACGAGAAUACUAGUGUUCCUAUCCACUCUAUAAGGCAAGUACACUGUGCUCCAAUAAAGGUGGAGGAUUAUGAGGCUUACUAUAAGAAGCACAGAGCUGAUUCCUUCUGUGGAUUUGCUGAAGAAUUUGAGGAUCUAAGGCCAGUUGGGAUAAAUCAGUCGAAGACUGUUGCUCAGGCACCUGAAAACAAAGCCAAGAAUCGUUACAACAAUGUGCUGCCAUAUGAUUCAUCUCGUGUCAAACUCUCUGUGCUCAGCAGCCCAUUUGAUGACUACAUAAAUGCCAACUACAUGCCGGGUUAUACUUCAAAGAAGGAGUUUAUCGCAGCCCAAGGGCCACUGCCCUGCACUGUCGAUGACUUCUGGAGACUGAUCUGGGAGAAAAACGUCCACACUAUUGUCAUGCUCACUAAAUGCAAUGAGCAAGGACGGGUGAAAUGUGAGGAAUACUGGCCAGCAGAGACAAAACAUUUUAUCAAUCUGACAGUGAUGAGUACUUCUGAGAUCACAUUGGAAGACUGGACUUUACGUGACUUUGAAGUGAAAAAUGUGAAAACAGCAGAGUCUCGAUCAGUUCGUCACUUCCAUUUCACUGCGUGGCCAGACCAUGGAGUUCCUGAGACCACUGAGCUUCUCAUCAACUUCAGACACCUGGUUCGAGAACACAUGGACCAGUUCUCAAGACAUUCACCUACACUUGUGCACUGCAGUGCUGGUGUGGGCCGGACGGGAACCUUCAUCGCCAUUGAUCGGUUAAUCUUUCAGAUUGAGCGGGAGGGUGUAGUAGAUGUAUAUGGGAUCAUCCAUGAUUUACGCAUGCACAGACCACUCAUGGUUCAAACAGAGGAUCAAUAUGUGUUUCUCAACCAGUGUGCCAUGGACAUCAUCAAGUCUCGGACUGGCAACAAUGUAGAUUUGAUUUACCAGAACACAGCUGCACUCACUAUUUAUGAGAACUUUGAACCCUUAAAAAAAGCCAAAAAUGGCUACCAUAAUGCCUGACUGUACCAUGAAUAAUUCAUGAAUAAUGCUGUAAAAGAAAUGUUAUUUUUUUUUUUUUUUUUUUUAAUGGAGUUUUAUUUAAAUAGGAAAAAAUAUAUAUAUUUAUUAAGUUUGUUUAUAAAAGUACGCAGAAAUAUUUUUACAUUUUGUUAAUCAAGUUUUUAUCAAAUACAGAAAUGUAGCUGCAGGGAAGUUUUAUGAGUUUUCAUAGAAUAAAGCUGAUAAUGUUUUAAUUAUGUAAUAUGACUUCAUAAAAAUGGCAUUUCCUCAGACAUAGGCUACAGGUGAAAUGAAGAUAAACAGAAAUAUAGACAUGCACACGUCACAUAGGACUUCACCAUUAGACAGUAGUACAGCAGUAGUGAAGAUAAAAUGGUUAAGCUGGUAAAUUGUUGACAAUGUGCAGUGACAGGUUGCUGUUCUCAGGUCUUUGUUUUUAAUAUAACUAUUAUUUCCGGAUGUCACAGGCCAAAGGUUGACCUUAAAUGGACCAUAAGGACAGUGAGUUAGCAUUGAAUAGUUGCAAUCUUUUUGGUAUUCUCUUCAAUUGUUUAUUUUCAGUAAAGGGACAUGCUGUCCUGUCUGGUCCUGGUUUGUAAAUGUUUUUGUUUUCCUUUUAGAAUGAGGUCAGUGAAUGUUAAGUAUAUUGCCUACUGAUGUAAUUUAUUACAAAAAGAUUUGAACAGAGUGUCACUCUGUACCGUCUGUGCACUUAAACUGUUAUAUUUGUACAUAAUAUAUUUAGUUCAGACUGAACUUCCAAACUUUUUUUUCACAAAGUGUUGUUCCGGGGACUUUUUGCUUGUGUGGUUUUAAUAUUCUGAAAUUUUCUGCACAUAUUUUUUUAAAUAGUUCAUUGAUACUCUGCUGGUCAUGAUACAGAACCAUACCAGAUGAACUCUGUAUUAUACU